GAAAAGGUUGAAAAAGCGGGCUUGAAUGGAAGGGAGAGAAAGGAGGGAGAAGUAGUAAUGGAGAAAUGGAAAGAGAUAGAAAAAAAUUUGGAAAUAGCGGAGAGAAGAAGAAGGAGAAGCAAUAUAAUUGUGAAGGAAGCGACGGGAAGAAACAAAACAGAAAGGAAGGAGAAGAUUGAGAAGAUGAUAGGAGAAAUAAAUAAAACAGAAGUAGUCAUCGAGGAAGUGCAGGAAAUAGGAUACGGAGAUAAUAAAAUGACAAUGCUGAAGUGCAGGAACUGGAAGGCCAAAAGGGAGAUAAUAAGAACGAGGAGGGAGUUAGGGAAAAAAUAUGACAGCUUGCUGGACGACGACCUCACCAAGAUGGAAAGACAAAUACAGAAGGAAAUAAGAAGGAGAGCAAAAGAAGAAAGAGAGGCGGGAAAGAAAACGACAAUUUGUUAUCAGAAGAUGUGGGUGGACAACAAAGAGUUGAGAUGGAAUGAAAACAAAGGAACUUUAGAGGAGAGGAGUGAAUGGCGGAAGAAAUAAAGAGGCGAAGAGGGAUAGAGAGUAAGAAGACGCGGAGAAAGAGAGGAGAGAAGGGAAACCUGGGGAAAGGAGGAAGUGACAACGGAGGAGAAAGCGACAGAACAGACCAGUAUCACCGCAACGUGUGCGACGGACAGACGGCAAAAGCACGGUCUUACAUACAGGUCUGGACACUCCUAUGGUGGGGGUAGGUCGCAGAUAGUCGCCAAAAAUUGUUUGUCUCUUGGCCGCGAGAGUCGCUGCGGUAGGGUAGUAAACAGAGAUAGAAAUAUAGUCGCUCUCUGUCUCUCUUACAUAAUUGUACAUAACCACAUAACGUAGCGUAGCUUGCUAUCGAAGAUAUAGAAAGAGUUGAAAGAGUGACCGAGUCUCAUCGAAACGUGAACGUGUUCGGACGUGUUUCGUCCAGAAACAUUUUUGAGAACAUAUCCUACAGUAUAUUAAAGUUGUAUGUGAAAAUGCCUAAGUCGUGCGUCGAGCCGAAUUGUAAGUUUGUGUACUGUGAGACUUCAAAACGCCCAGUGUUUCGCGUACCAAAAGACGCCAAUCGGUACAAACAAUGGGUAACAGCUAUUCCGGGCAUUGUUACACUAAAGCCGACACACGUAGUUUGCGACAAACAUUUUAAAGAGGAAGAUAUAAUCCGUGAAUGGAUCAAACGAGACUCGAAUGGUCGGAUUAUCGCUCAGGAACCAUACAAGUACCCUCAGCUCAGUAAGUUUGCUGUUCCAUCAAAGUUUGAUGACCUUUCUACAGCAAAGGAUUGCGUUGUCCCAUCGACUGAAUAUUUCGGUCAUUUAGCUCCAAAAAAAGUUACGAUUGAUGAUGUCGUUAACUCUGUUGGAAAGUCGUCAGUUGAGGAGUCCGUCCAAAUCGCACACGAUUCGAUAGAUCCAUCAAUGAAAUCUGCCGCGUCUUCAAGUGCUACAAGGCAAUGGAGCAUUUCUGGCGAGUCCGCUGGCUUCAUGAACGAUUCGGUUCAGCUUAUUGGCUCUUCGAUCAAGGAGUCCUCUGCUGAACCAACUACCAGCUGCAGUUUUGUGUUGCCAAUUGUGGAUGGCGCCGAAUUGGUUUCACCGAUGGAACUUACAGAUACUGAUCCUCUGGUGACAGGACCGGUAGCACUUGAGGAACCAAUCGACAUAUAUACAUCCGUUACCACAAGGAAAUAUGUAGAAAACGAAAGUGGUCGUACCUAUCAAGAGAUUUGUAGCAAAUUACCUGAAUAUUGGAGCGUUAGCAAGGCACCUGCUACAAACGGAAGAAUUAUUAUAUUUACCUACAUGAUAACGCCAGUCAAGAAUGGAAAGCGUUUGCCGGUAUCACAAAAAUGCGUCAUUCUCGACUCGGAUAGAAAACUUCAGUUUUACGUUUACGGACGGGACGUUGACUCACAAAAAGCAAAUCUUGACGAAACUUUGGAAGGAAUCGAAACGCUUCCAAACGUCUUGAACAAAUUUAAGGAGAUGAACGUUUGCAGUGGCAUCGGCGAAGUUAAUAUCGAUCUUCUUCGAGCUGAUACCGUAUUUCAAGACGGCAUUCAACAGUGGCGCAGCAAAGACUGCAGUCUUCUCUUCAAAAAACGAAGAUGCGAUAGCUGUAUGAAAAUAAGAAAGCGCAUACAGGGCUUAAUAACACGGAAUAAAAAUCGUAAGAAAAAUGGAAUUUUUCUAAGAAACAUCGGUGCUUCAAAUUCCAUAGAGCGUCGUAACCUCGUAGCGCUGCGAUUAAAAUGCCGACGUCAAAAAUGUCAACAAAAUCGAGCUAAAGAACGCGAGAAACAUCUGAUGAGCUGUCUAAAAAAACAAGAAGAACAAAUAGCUAAUAUGCAAGAGGCAACUUUAGAUGAGAAAUGCUCUGCAUUAAACGUUCCAGCUGCUCAACAAUUGGCACUGAAAGAAAUCGUAGCCGCAGCGAGCAAGAAAGACACCAAGGGUCGACGUUACAGAGAGGACUGGAUGAUGUUGUGUAUGCUGAUGAACAUCCGAUCCCCGGGAUACUAUCAGUUCCUGCGGAAAAACAAUAUUCUGCCACUACCAUGCUUAAAAUCGGUACGCAGGUAUUUAUCAUUAAUUGAUAUGAAAUGCGGCUUUGACGAACGGUUUGCAGAAUUACUUAAAAAACAUCUUGCUACAAAAACUCCUCUGCAACGACACGGCGUACUGCUGCUCGAUGAAAUCAAUCUACGGAAAUCUGUAGCCGUGUGUUCCAAGAAUUUGACUUAUGUCGGCUUGACAGAUUUGGGCGACGACGGGCUGCGAUCUUCGGACAUAAGCGAACAGGCAACGCAUGGUCUCGUUGUAAUGUUUCAAUCUCUUGCCGAUACUUACACGCAGCCAAUCGCAGUUUUUGCCUCAAAAAAUCCAGUUGAAGGAGAAGAGCUCGCUAAGCUAAUUGUAAAAGGAAUUAUCUAUCUGGAGAAGUGCGGAGCGACAAUUCACGGUGUUAUUGCUGAUGGUGCUGCAACAAACCAGAAGAUGUGGUCGCUUCUGGAUGUUAGGGGUACGAUGCAAAACACCAAGACAUGGUUCACUCAUCCUUCAGACGAUGAAAGAAAAGUGUUCGUUUUCUCCGACACGCCGCAUGUGAUUAAGAACAUACGAAAUCGGCUGUUGAACCAAAAGAAACUGCGGCUCAAUUCCACGGAGAACUACAUUUGUUGGCAAUAUUUCGAGACGUUGUAUGAGCUCGAUAAAAGC